CGAGGUUUUACCAAACUCAGUCAACUAGUCGCUGUCAAUCAACACCAUCCCUUUUGACUGUGCAAUUCCUGCUCUUUAGAGAGUGUUCUUGAUACUGUAAAUUUCCAAUACCUUGUUUUUGCGGCAACGAUACUGAUGUAUCGCAACCCAAUCGUCAACAUGAGGACCUGGAAGACGUUGCUGUUGUUGCAGUUUGUCCUUCCCAGAGCGAGCGCUUUUGUUUCGCAACAGAUGUCGUCGUACCGGACCGAUCGUAUACAACAAAAUAAAAAGACUGGUGCUGUUUCUUCGGUGCGUCCUUCGGAACGUCGUUCGUCCAAGGUGCCGUUACAGCAAACCGAAAAAGGUGAAGUGGACUGGAUGAAGAGCGUAUUUAUCAAUAACAAGAAUAAAGCUGCGUCGUCGAGAUCGGAAAGUAAGGUCAUGGACGGUUACAGCGAUACGCUCAAGAAUCGUCUUUACAGUCACCAAGCAGGCCGCGAUACGCCCGGAAAACGCUUGAUGGAUCGGUACCAAUCCAAAUCGACCAAGAAGGUGCCUCCGCCCCCCGCACCAAUGCAAAAUCCCAACGAAACGGUCUUUGAUAAAAUCAAGGGGACUUUCUGGAGUGGCGUCGAUAGUGCUUACGGUCUGACGCAAAACAAAACACCGGAAGCGAAGGAACUCAUCUCCAAACCAGUCAUUAAAGCGCGCUUAUCCGCCGCUCAAGAAAUCAGUGCAUCCAUUCAAAGGCUGCAAUCAAGCAAUCCGAUUGAGCGAGCCAUUGCGGAACGGGAAAUUCGCAACUGGGAACGCAAGGAACGGCUUCGUCAAGAAGCCUUGGAGCGCGAAGGGAAGAUACAAAAGAUCAAAGAAAAUGUAUACCAAGUAGGAGAUACCGUUAAAUGGUUUGCGGGUGGUAUGCUGUCGAUACCAAACAAGGUUGCCGACGCAGUGGACAAGACUGGUACAUUCGCCAAGACAAUUCCAGAUGCAGUAAAGACCUCUAUCGAUACAGUUGCAAGCAUCCCGGAUAAAAUGACCGAAGCUGCUCGUAACGUGCAAACAUCGGUUGAUAACACUAUGGCGUCCACAGCCAAGGCGAUUGAUGAUGUAAAAGCGCUUCCGAAAAAAAUCGACACGACUGCGAAACAAACGAAACAGACAGUGAACGAAUUAGCUACUUCGUCCAAAGUACUCCUUGGCCUAGAAAAGCCCAAACCCAAGCCUCCCAAAAUACCACCCCCAAAGCCAUCGACGAAUCUAAAUCCUGAUAGUAUAGGCUGGACAGUUGUUGAGACAGUAGCAUCCUUUACAGGCAAAGCUAUAUGGAUUGUCGGUAAAGGGAUUUUGACGUUGACUUGGAAACUUGGUGAAGCGUUUGUUUCGAAAGGAUUUGAGGCUGUUCAGCAGCAAAUAAAGGAACGCUCGGCUGUUAUGGAUGAGCAAAAUCAGCCUAAAAAGGCCGUAUGGCCGAAACAGUCGAUCUCGAAACAGCCCAGUUCUACAUUACCGAAUGAGCAAAUUUCACCGGCUUUCGACGCGGAACUCAGCGAGGAAGUUGCAAGCGCUUUAAAGGUUGCCCGGGAGGCUUUGGGCACGGGGGAGGGUACACUGAAGGCUCAAAGUGGAAUCAACACAUCUACGGACGGUGCAAAGUCAGCAUCAUGGGACCAACCGAAGAUGGGGCUUCCACAAACGCAAAAGAAUGAAAUUAUGUCAAAUACUGAUCAGCCGAUGAGUAAAUUCACUGAUGCAUCAAAGGUGGCAGCGGAGAAAGCGAAGCUCAGUGCAGAGCUGGAGAAAGAGGUUGCCGACGCGUUGAAAAUGGCGGACGACGCGAUCAAUCUGAGCAGCUCUGCAACCAAGAAAAAUGACCAAUGACGGGGUUUUACCUUCUCUGAAAGAGAUGCUUAUAACUACAGGAACAAUCGUUCUUUCAACAUCAUUAUGUACCAACAGACUGCAUGGGCACUCUCAUCCCGUCAUAAUCUGGCAGCCGUCGGCUUCGAGGCGAAUUGACCGAAAUAGGUAGUAAAACGAAUUCUCACAGUGAAUAGGAAUGGCCAAUUAUGCGAGACACGG